AUGAAGAGAAAAAAAUUACUUCACCAUGUUCACCUAAGUUCAAAUUAUGAAAGUAAUUCUGAUCGCUGCACCGCAUCAGUGCACUUUAUACGGAAUUUAACUUUGACAAGACAAAAAAAAAACUUCAUUGUUUUACCAGAGUUAUGGAGGCAUGACCAACGACACGAACUAACAAUGGCGGAGAAGAAAGCCAAGAAGAAGAACGGUCCUCGCCUGGAGCUGACUAAAGAAAUGAAGGCGGAUCUCAGGGAGGCGUUUGAUGUGUUCGACGCCGACGGGUCAGGGACAAUAGAUGCUAGUGAACUCAAGAUAGCCCUGCGCGCUCUUGGAUUCGAACCCAAGAAAGAUGAGAUGAAGAAGUUAGUGGCAGAAAUAGAUACAGAUGGAACGGGUAUCCUCGAUUUCGAUGAUUUUCUGACGUUAAUGACGAAGAAGAUGACAGAGAAGGACGACACAGAAGAUUUACAGAAAGCCUUCUGGUUGUUUGACGAGGACGGGACCGGUAGGAUUUCCCGCGCAAACCUGGACCGCGUGGCCAUAGAACUGGGGUACGACCCCGACAAGAUGCAGGACGAACUACAGGAGAUGAUUGAUGGGGCGGAUCGAGAUGGUGACGGCGAAGCCUCUGUUAGUAAGAAGAACUCUAAAAUAACUAAGAAAACAUACCUAAAGCUGACUGAAGAACAAGAACUUGACCUUCGGGAGGCCUUUGACAUCUUCAGUAGAGGCGGGGAAGAGAAAGGAGAUGGUACGAUAGAUGCCCAGGAUCUUAAGAUUGCAUUGCGAGCACUUGGGUUCGAGCCGAAACAGAAAGAGAUCCGGACACUUAUAGAGGAAGUAGAUAAAGAAGGAAAAGGUUUGUUAGAUUUUAAAGAUUUUCUUGCAAUAAUGACGAAGAAAAUGACCCAGAAAGACGAAACAGAGGAUCUAGAGAAAGCAUUCCAAUUGCUGGACCUGGACGGGUAUGGAAAAAUUAAUUCUGGAGAUCUCAAAUGGGCAGCUUCAGAACUGGGUUAUUUUACGGGAACGAUGGCAGAGGAACUCCAAGAGAUGAUCGAUUUUGCUGAUCGAGAUGGCGACGGUUUGGUCAACGAACGAGAAUUCGUCAAAUUCCUGAAGAAAACAUCAUUUGAAUAAAUGACUCGUCAGCAUUCUUAUAAAUAAACCAAGCUACAUGUAUUGCCUAUUUGAUUGAA